GAUGUUGCUAGCUGACAUUGUUGAGAUCUCGUCUUUCCUUUUGUUCUGGGCUUUGGAUUUUGCUAAGGAGACAUUUUAUGCCAUCUUUAGAUGUCGUCCUCGCAAGUAUAUCUGUAAUGAGAAUAUCCUUAUUACUGGUUCUGGACAAGGAAUAGGAAAGCUGGUUACUGAACGUCUUGCAAAAGAUGGCAAUAUCCUCCACUGUGUUGAUAUCAACCAAACGUUGAAUGAGCAGUCAGCAGCUGACUUGAGAGCCAAAGGAGGAAACUGCACUAUCUACACAUACACAUGUGAUGUUGGAGAGAAUGAAAAUAUUGUUGAAUUGGGAAGACAGAUCAAGGAAAAUGUACCAGACAAACAUAUCUCAUAUCUCUUUAACAUAGCUGGUAUCGUGAUUGGAAAAUCUUUUGAAGAAGAAUCUGUACAGCUGAUGGAGAAGGUCAUCAAGGUGAACGUACUUGGUGUCAUAUAUCUUCAAAAAUUGGUAUUCAAAGAAAUGUUGGAGAACUACGGCCACAUCAUCAGUAUCUCUUCAUUGGGUGGGAUUAUUGCAGGUCCUCUUCUUGCUGAUUAUUGCUGCUCAAAAUUUGCUGUCAGAGGUCUCACACAGGCAAUGCUCAGUGAGAUGGAUUUCCUUGGUAAAAGUAAUGUGAAAUUUACAUCUGUCCACCCACACAUUACGAAGACAGGUAUGUUCAACAAUACCCAAGCUAGAUGGCCCUCUGUAUUCCCCCUCCUGGAGCCAGAAUGGGUUGCUGAUCAAAUCGUCAUUGGAACCCAAGAGGAGAGAGAGCAACUUAUCCUGCCAAAGGUCGCCAAUGUCUUCUUUUUACCUGAGCACAUAAUGUCAACCAAAGUGUACAGAAAGUAUUGUGAUCUUCUUGGCACUGGUUUGAUGAAAACCUUCAAGAAGAUAAGAGCCGAUUAAAGAUAUGUGGCAUUAAAUGAAAUAGGAGCAGGUUCAUCAGCAGUUUGACUACCGAUUCACAAACGUGACACCCCAAAUUGCCCAAAGUUGC